UUGAGGUGCAUCGCAGAACUCCUCAUGCCCUGCUGCUUUUCCCAGCUGAGCUUGAGAAGCUGAGACCACCCUCAUCGCCGCCCGAGCACGAGACAGAAGAGGGGGCUUGAUGCGAGAAAAUGUGGCGUGACUGCUGCCUCCGGCUGCUGGCAGCGACCUGGGUGCUGCUGCUGGUGACGACAGCCUUUGCCAUGGAGUGCCCCAAGAUCAAGGUGGGGACAUGCAAGGACUGCAUCCAGUCCGGGCCUGGCUGUGCCUGGUGCAAGAAGCCGAAUUUCACCAAAGCUGGUGAGCCAGACUCCAUCCGCUGCGACACCAUCGAGCAGCUGCAGCAGAGGGGCUGCCCGCGUGACAUGAUUGAGUUUCCAGUCAACAUCAUUACGAGGACACAGGACCGUCCACUCAGCAACGACGUGCAGCUGAGCCCCCAGGAGGUGCACCUGAAACUGAGGAUAGGCCAGCCUGCUGUAUUUGAGGUGAAGUUUCGCCGUGCCAUGGGGUACCCCAUUGACCUCUACUACCUCAUGGACCUCUCCUACUCUAUGCUGGAUGACCUGGAGAAUGUGAAGAAGCUGGGAGGGGAGCUGCUCAGGGCACUGGAGAGCACCACCCCUUCUCGCCGCAUAGGGUUUGGCUCCUUCGUGGACAAGACGGUGCUGCCCUUCGUGAACACGCACCCCGAGAAGCUGCAGAACCCCUGCCCCAACAAGGACAAGCAGUGCCAGCCUCCCUUCGCCUUCAAGCACAUCCUCUCGCUGACUGACAAUGCCAAGCAGUUCGAGACCGAAGUGGGGAAGCAGUUUAUCUCAGGGAACCUGGAUGCCCCCGAGGGGGGGCUCGAUGCCAUGAUGCAGGCAGCAGUGUGUGGGGACUUGAUUGGCUGGCGCAACGUGACCCGCCUGCUGGUCUAUGCCACUGACGAUGGCUUCCACUUUGCUGGUGACGGCAAGCUUGGGGCCAUCUUGACCCCCAACGACGGCAAGUGCCACCUGGAAGACAACAUGUACAAGAAGAGCAACGAGUUCGACUACCCAUCUGUUGGCCAGCUGGUCCAGAAACUUGCUGAAAACAACAUUCAGCCUAUUUUUGCUGUCACCAGUAAGGUAGUGGAUGUUUACAAGAAACUCAGUGAGAUGAUCCCGAAGUCGGCAGUGGGGGAGUUGAACAAGGACUCCAGCAAUAUCAUUGAGCUCAUCCAGGAGGCCUACAAUAACCUCUCCUCACGGAUCAUCCUGGACCACUCCACCCUGCCAGAUGUCCUGGAUGUCAAAUAUGACUCCAUAUGCAGUAAUGGCAAGACCCUCUUGGACAAAGCCAAAGGGCAGUGUGACGAUGUCAAGAUCAACAAUGAGGUCACCUUCAAAGUGAAGGUCACGACCAAAGUGUGCAUCAAAAGCCAGUCCUUCACCAUCCGACCACUGGGCUUCACAGACACCCUCACUGUCCACCUGGAGAGCAACUGCAACUGCAGCUGCAAUGAGCAGCCCGACCCAAAUGCCUGCAGUGGGCAAGGCAGUGUCGUCUGUGGGAUCUGCAGCUGCAACUCAGGCUACACGGGUAAGAACUGCGAGUGUGAAACCAAAGGCAAGAGCAACAAGGAGCUGGAGGGCAGCUGCAGGAAGGACAACAGCUCGGUCACCUGCUCGGGGCUGGGGGACUGCGUGUGUGGGCAGUGCAUCUGCCACACCAGCGACGUGGCCAACAAGUUGAUCUAUGGCACCUACUGCCAGUGUGACAACAUGAACUGCGAGUUCCACAACGGCUUCCCCUGCGGCGGCAAAGAACGCGGGAGCUGCGACUGCGGGGAGUGCAAGUGCCUGCCCGAGUUCGAGGGCAGCGCCUGCCAGUGCAGGAAGUCGACCGAGGGCUGCCUGAACGAGCGCCGGCAGGUCUGCAGCCUCCGCGGGACCUGCCACUGCAACCGCUGCCAGUGCUGGGACGGGUACCAGCCCCCGCUCUGCCAGGAGUGCCCCACCUGCCCCUCGCCCUGCGGCACGCACGUCUCCUGCGUGGAGUGCAAGGCCUUCCAGAGUGGCCCCUUCGAGAAGAACUGCUCCGAGGCCUGCUCCAACAUCUGGGUGACCGAGGGGUUGACAGAGGAGGGCAAGCCCUGCAGGGAGAAGGACUCCAACAACUGCUGGAUCUCCUUCCGCAUGGUCCAGGGCGAUGGCAAGAUGUAUAAUGUCACCUACGAUCCUAACAGAGAGUGCCCGGAGCCUCCCAACAUCGCCCUGAUCGUGGGUGGCACCGUGGCUGCCGUGGCCCUCAUCGGCCUGGUGCUGCUGCUGAUCUGGCGGCUCUUGACAGAGCUGUUUGACCGCCGGGAGUACCGCCGGUUCGAGAAGGAGAAGUCCAAGGCCAAGUGGAACGACGCUGAUAACCCCCUCUUCAGGAGUGCCACCACCACAGUUGUGAACCCCAGGUUCAAUGAGCAAUGAAGUGGAGCAAUGCUCAGCAACGCCAGGACCCACCCUUAAACAAGGAAAUGCCAAGCUAAGGAAAUGUCAAUCUAAGGUUCCCACCUCUUCUUCUUUAUCCUGCUGGUUUGUUCCCUUCUUCCAGGAGGCCACCAGCAUGUCAGGCGCUGGCUGAGGGUCUGCACCAUGCCUGUCUCCUGGAAAGCAUCCAUGGUUGGAUUAGUGGAGCCGGGAGAAGGGAACAGACACAGCUUUGCUGUGGGUGGGACUGCAGAGCAGGUCUCACCAGUGGGCACAUGCAACAGCUCCUGUACCAGUUACCAACUGUCUCAGCUCUUGAUGCUAACUCGGCCUUCUGUCAGGAGUCUUGGACACCAAGCCCCAAAACCAGCUGAGCACACAGAGUGCUUCCAGCUUUGUUUUGGAGCUGGGAUUUCAAAACUGCCACUUCCUUUCUGCUCCAGCAGGAUCUGCUCCCAGGCUGUGCUAUGCCUUCUGCUGCUGCACAGGUCUCCACCACCGUGUUUGGACUAGCUUUUAAAGCGCUUGCUCACUGCUCGGUUGGACGUGGAGGGUCCUCCAGGCUGGUGAUCUGCUCUGGAUGUUGCAGUGAGGUGAUGGGCCCUAAGGGCUAGUGAGCACCUUUACUUGGAGAUGAAGAGCAACUGGGGAACACGCACUGAAUCUUUUUUCCACAUCAUCAGCCUCUUCCUGGUGUCGCUCCCUCUCAGAGCUACCUCUGGCAAGGCUCUGCUUGGCCUCCUGCACGCCAGGCUUACCCCUGCCAGGCCUUGAGCCCUCUGCAUGGCAGGGAGGCCAAGGGGAAACUGUUGGAACAAUGAAACAUCGGCACAGGAAGCAUUGCCUGCAGCUCAGAGCUCGGAGCCACAGCUCCUUCCACCCCCCUCAGAGCCAGAUCUGUUCCCUGCUCUGCGCGCACAUCAGACGUGCCAAGGACCAGGCAGUACCCAGAGCAUCUCCAGCUCAGCACGUUUCCAAACCAUGCACAACAGCUGAUUUCUCUUCCAUUGUGGCGUCGUUCCUAUGAAAUAGCAGUGAAAUUCCAUGUUUGCUUUAAGUUUGGGAAUAAUUUGCAUAUAGCUGUAUUAUGUCACAUCUUCAUUUGCUCUCAGAAGAGGUUUAAUGUUAAUA